CCGGAAGUUGGUUAGGCUGCCUUCACUUCUCAGGGAUGGCAGUUCCUGGAUUUAUUCUGGGUGCCUUCAUUUUUCUAUUGCACAUUAGUUCUGUGGCUAAUUAUCCUGAUGGAGGAGUCACACAGUCGUGCCAUGAAAUGAUUCCUGCUCAUGGUCAUAGUCCACGCUCUGAUCCUGUUCAUAACAUUUCAGUGAGUCAGAUGACAUUCAGACCGGGAGAUCAGAUCAAAGUGACUUUAUCAGGGCCACCAUUUAAAGGGUUUCUCUUAGAAGCACGUGAUGCUGAGAAUUUGAAUGGCCCUCCUAUUGGCUCCUUCACAUGUGACAGUCAGGUGUCACAGCUUCUGACUUGUGAAAAUGUACAGGGAUCAGCUGUGAGUCACUCAAGUCCAUCCAAGAAAACAGAAAUUAAAGUCUAUUGGCAUGCUCCAAGCACUGCCCCAAAUCACAUACAGUUCCUAGCUACAGUUGUUGAGAAGUAUAAAAUCUACUGGGUGAAGAUUCCUAGCCCUGUGAUUUCACAGCCAAAUGCAUUACCUUUCACAACUCCUGAAGUUACAAGAGCACCUUUUUCAACAGUAUCUCCAGUUUCCCAUUUAACUAAACCAUUCAGUGCUUCAGGUUGUGGGAACAAGAAAUUCUGCAUUAGGAAUCCUCUGAACUGUGACCCAGAGAAAGAGCAUGCUUGUGUCUUCUUAUCAUUCACCCGAGAUGACCAAUCAGUGACGAUUGAGAUGAGUGGUCCCAGUGAAGGCUAUUUAGCCUUUGCGUUUUCUCAUGACCGAUGGAUGGGUGAUGAUGAUGCUUACGUGUGUAUUCAUGAAGAUCAGACUGUGUACAUUCAACCUUCUCAUUUGACUGGGCGAAGUCACCCUGUGAUGGACCCUGAGGAUACUCUUAAGGAUAUGGCUUGGAGAUUGGCAGAUGGUGUAAUUCAGUGUUCUUUCAGAAGAAACAUUACCCUUCCUGUGGUUAAGAAUAGGUUUGAUCUAAACACAAGCUACUACAUAUUUUUGGCAGAUGGUACAGCUCAUGAUGGUCGAAUUUCAAAACAUUGUCAGCAGCCUUUGGUUACAUAUGAAAAAUAUGAUGUGACUGGCUCUUCAAAGAACAUAGGUGGAUCCCGUUCUGUCCUCCUUCUGAAGGCACAUGGCGCCAUGAUGUUUGUGGCAUGGAUGACGACUGUUAGCAUAGGUGUACUGACUGCCCGCUUCUUCAAACCUGUUUGGUCAAAGACUUUCUUUGGUAAAGCAGUUUGGUUUCAGGUGCAUCGAUUGCUCAUGCUCACUACAUCUGCCCUCACCUGUGUUGCUUUUGUCUUGCCCUUUAUUUAUAGAGGAGGAUGGAGUGGACAUGCAGGUUACCACCCGUUCCUUGGUUGUGUGGUGAUGAUUUUCGCAGUUCUUCAGCCUUUUCUGGCAGCCUUCAGGCCACCUUUGCAUCACCCAAGAAGGCAAGUGUUUAACUGGACUCAUUGGAGUAUUGGAACAGCUGCUAGAAUAAUAGCAGUGGCAACAAUGUUCCUGGGAAUGGAUUUGUCAGGAAUGAGUCUUCCUGACCCAUGGAAAACUUACUGGAUGAUUGGAUUUGUAGCCUGGCAUGUUGGGACUGAGGUUAUUCUGGAGAUGCAUGCUUACCGACUCUCUCAAAAAGUUGAAAUAUUGGAUGAUACCAGAAUUCAGAUUCUUCAGUCAUCUACUGUAGCGGAAGUAGAAGGUCAUGCUUUUAAAAAGGCAGUGUUAGCAAUUUACAUCUGUGGAAAUGUGACUUUUCUCAUCAUAUUCCUAUCUGCAAUCAACCAUCUAUGAGCAUGCAAAGACCUUGACCUUUACAGGCUAGGUGAUAAUUAUCACCAAGCUGAAGACUCUUGGAAGCCUGUACUAAUAGCUUGGAGAAGAUUCGUGAAUUCUGAUUUAGAAGGCCAGUUCAUAAACAGAGAGGAACUCUUAAGUCUGGUCUUUAGAAAUCAACCUUCAGUAGGAUCUGUCUUAAGAUAAAAGGUGACUUGAAAAAUGACUUUCACGGGGGGCCAGGCGGUGGCGCACCUGGUUAAGUGAUCACAUUACAGUGCACAAGGACCCAGGUUCAAGUCCCUGGUCCCCACCUGCAGGGGGAAAGCUUCACAAGUGGUGAAGCAGGGCUGCAUGAGUCUCUCUGUCUCUUCCCUUCUCUAUCUCACCCUCCCCUCUCAAUUUCUCUCUGUCUCUAUCCAAUAAUAAAAUGAAUGAAAAUAUUUUUUAAAAAAAGGAAAAAAUAUAUAUAUGAAAAAAAAAAAAAGAAAAAUGACUUUCACAAGCUGGGGGUAUGGAUCAGUCUGCCAAUGACCAUAUUCAGUGCAGAAGCAACUACAGAAGCCAGAACUCUCACCCCAAAAUAAUUUUGAUCCAUACUUCCAGUGGGAGAGAAUUGAUAGAGGGAAAAUGACCAGAAGGCUAUGAACUCGAACUCUAUCAGGACCUGGAGAGAGAAGAGGAAAAAGGGACAUUUGGAUGUAGUAAGAGGCUUAUGUGUGACCUGUAAAGAAAAAGAAGAUGGGACUUUUUAUAUAUAAAUAUAGACAGAUAGUUGUAGAAAUAAUAGUUAACCCAUAUCUACAAUCUUGGGAAAAUUUCUGUAGUUUACAGUGGAAGGGUUGGGGAUUCAGAACUCUGGUGGUGGGAAUGGUAUGGAGUUAUACCCCUGUUGUCUUAUAAUUUUGUAAAUCAAUAUUAAAUCACUAAUAAAAAAAGAGUUUAAAAUA